CCAACUCUAUAUAUAAAACACCAUCACUCACUCUCCUCCUCCACCACCACCACCGCCGCCGCCAGUUUUUUUUUCUCCGUCAACAUUCAGUUAAGUUUCACUCUCUCUCGCAAAUUCUCACACUAGCAAAGCUAUGAAAAUGACAGUACCAAUAAUUUACGAAUACAAUUCCCCGUCUCUGAAGAACAAACUCAAAUCCUCCGUUUGCUGCUUCGCUUCUCAGCAUCUGCAGCACCACGAGACUCUCGGAGACGGAGGAGCCGACGACGGCGUCAGAAGGAUGACUUCACCAUACGCGUGGCUGAAAUCGACUGCUCAAGAAUUUGAAAUUAGGGAGAAAUGCCGGAGUUUAAUCGGAAGAAGAGGGAAAAAUCGAAGACGGCAUAAUUCGGGUGAUUUUAGAUACGACGCUGCGAGUUAUUCUCUUAAUUUUGAGGAUGAUAUUAAUAGAGAAGAAGAUGAUUAUAUGUGUUUUAAUAAUUUCACGGCGAGAUUACCGGCUACUCCUGACAGAAUAUUCCGGCAGGAGGUGGAAGCACCGGAGCGUGUUCUCAUAGCCUGGUCUUAAUAUAGUUUGUAUUUAACAGCAGUUACGUAGUAGUAAUUGAGUAAUGUAUAUAUAGAGAUUAAAAAACCUAAUCCUCCCUAAAGAGAGACGAUCGGAAUUAGUGUUUGAGUUGUAAUGUAAAUCGUGUGUACUUUGAGAUUCUUCAUUUCUUAAUCAACUGAAUCUUGAACUUA